UGAAUUCAAAAUAAUAAAAACAUCAAUAUUGUGUUAUUUCUUAGUGCUCAAAACAUACAGGUUCCUAUCAGUUCCUAUCCCUUCGAUCCAUAGACUCGCACACAAAAUGUUGCUUACACAACUUAAUGUAAUUCGCUUAAUAACAAUUAGAAAUAUUGGUACAACGGCACAAUGUCUAAGCCAAACAAGCAUGAAGCAGAUCAAAGUGAUGAAAAAGAUAAUGGCUGGACGUGAAAAGGGAAAAAGGAGAUGGGUAUAUAAUGAGAAUAUGCCAAAAAUGGAAAGUGCAACAAAGCUAAGUAGCACAUUGAAGCAAGGCAAGGAAGCUAAUAGAAGAGUGACUAUUUUGAAUAAACUUUUUAUGAAGAACGUCACUGAUUUGAUGGCAACUGGAAUGUUUGCUGAAAAGCUAUACGGCUAUGGAUUACAAAUAUCGACCGUGAAAGUAGCUGAUGAUUUCAAGAAAUUGAACAUAUACUGGAUAGCAACGAAUAUGGAAAAUGAUGGAGAAAUUGAGAGGAUUUUAAAGGCAGAAGCUGGACCAUUAAGACAUGAAUUAUCUGUUCUUAGAUUAAUGGGAGAAGUUCCUCAAAUUAAUUUUGUCAAAGAUCGAAGUCACAUUAAAUCUUCUAUAAUUGAUGCAAUAUUAAAGCAUGCAGACUUCGGUGAAGAUUUCAUACCAACAGAUACAACACUUUUUCUGAAAAAUGAAUAUAAACUAGAAAUGAAAUUACCAGAAUAUCUUAAAGAUAAAAUCAGAGAUCUAGAUGUAGUUGAGGACGAACUUAUAGAAGAACUGCCGCAAAUGAGACAUGAUACUUUUGGCUUAGAUCAUGCUAAAAUUAUGAAUAAAAUUAAUACAAGUAUGAAUAAGUCUAAACAAGCUUGGAGCAUGUAUGAGAAUAGUGGCAAAUGUGAGACAUCUCAAAUGGAUGUAAAAGUGAGCAAACAAUCAGCUAUUGAUGACAUUGAUAGGCUUACAAAGGAAGCAGAAAUGAGAGAAAAUUUUGUGAAAUAUCUAGAAAACAAGAAUGUUGAGAAGAAAUUUACUCCUGAAAGAAAAAGGUACAGGAACUUUUUGAAAGAUGAUCAGUCAAACCAACAGUUUGAUGAAUAUACAGAUCCAAUACCUGAUAGUGACUAUAUAGUUGAAGAUGAUGAUUAUAGAAAAAAAUGAUUUGUCUAUAGUAUUUUAAUAAAAAGUAGUUUUUAAUUUGGUGGAAUCAUGUGUGUUUCAGUUUUAGUUUUUAUUUAAACUUUUUUACAAAGUUGUACUUAACAGAUAUAUCCCCUAACACACAAUAAUGCGUCUGAGUUGGAUGAAAAAUGCCAUCUUUAUCUGUAAUAAGAAAAUAAUCCGAAGCCCAUAUCGUCAUCAGAUGCUUCUGAUUCAGACUCCUUUUUCUUUUCUUCCUUCUUCUCUUCAGCAGCUGCUGGGGCACCAGCUGUUGGUGCGCUUGCAACGGCAGCUCCACCACCUGAAGGCAUUGAACUGAGCUUCUCACGUCCUUGAGCAAUCAAUUCUUCUACGCUCUUGCCUUUAAGUUCAUUAAUGACUUUGUUCAGACGUUCAUCGUCAACUUCAAUACCAACGGAUGAUAAGAUCUUUUGGAGAUCUGCAUUUGAUGGAGCGGCAUUUCCACCCAAAACUGCUAAGAGGUAAGCGCUAACGUAACGCAUUUAAGUCUGUUUAUUUGACACGAAACGUUGACAAUUACCAAAAUAUGAUAAUCUAUGUGUGAUUCGCUUGAUGUCGCAAAAAGAAAGAACGAAAAAACUUUGAAAAUGAAGCAGGAAAUUUUU